AUGUUUGGACGCAUCUUUCAUCUGCUUUUCGAUGCCAUGCUGGUGAGCGUGGCGCUGUCCGGGAUCAAGCGAAGCACGGGCUUGACGCCAGCGGUUUCGCGGAUGCCGAACAAGGAUCUGCGCAACUUGAUGCGCAUCUACCUGGAAGCGGGCGAAUGGAUCAUGGACUUUUCUGUGGUGAUCCUCGGUCGCUCAAGCUCGUUUGAGCGGAAGUGGCAAGCUGGACCGGACGAUGGAGGUGGGGUUCCGGUUCACUCGCACGACAUCGGCUUUGCAUUUGAGGCUUGCGUGGCGGAUAGCAUGCUGCCGUGGACGGGGCAAAGGAAGCGAGCGAGUGGCAUGUGCGCUGCGCAUGGACAAAAGAGUGUGCAUAUCGGCUUGAAGCCGGCCGAGCGAUCGGCAGUCAAUCCGAAAGAAGGGGUCAAAGAGCGUGGCACGGCGAUCAGGCUGCCGGACGACACUGGCACGGAUCGCCAUGCCAGUCAGGAACCUCAGGGCGGCAGAUUGUUGCACGUCUUGGGAUGCCCUGGCCAAUUUGACCGGAGGCUGUAG